ACACUCACUUCCGUCGUCUCACGCUCUGGUUCCACUUACUGUACUGUGACACCAUCUGACGACAAAAGAAGAGAUUAGAUAUAAAAACAGGGAAAAAUUGCUUUUAUUACUCUCAGUACGCGACGAAUGCGACAUGGCGCUUGUUCAAGUAGUGUGAAAUGUCAGUGUUUCAUCGGAAAUGGUGUCAUUGCCAAAGGAGCGGAGGAAAACCAGAUCAAAGAAGGCCGUGAGAAGUUGGUGCUUCUGACAAAUUGGCCCGCCUGUCGGAGCUUACGUGUGUACUUUGCUUGCGCCCUUAUCUGGGCUACAAUCGUAUCUGCGUAAUCUGCCCUUACAGACGCUUGAUGCCUGCUUUCCCACCGUACAGAUAGCGCCGUCACUUUCACGCCAAAGUAGAGUGGUCCCCCGGACAGCAGUCGCUUCAGAGCCCUCCAGCGAGUAACUGCCGAAAUGAGAGCGAUGACUGGUCUGGGAAGCCUGCUGCUAUUUGCGGUGUUGGGGACGGCCUGUGCCCAAGACUUCGCCGUGAAGGUUAACGUGACCGGCGUGGGAAUGCUCGGUGGCUCCUUAGCUUGGACCAAGCGCCAGAAUCGAACCAUCUACCAGUUCCUGGGCGUGCCCUACGCCAACGUCACCACCAGGUUCCAGGAGCCGUCGCAACCGGUGAACUGGACUGGAACGCGGAACGCCACGGCCUAUGGCCCUGCCUGUGUACAGUUCUUCUCUGCCGGAAGCUCCAACCUGCGCCACCCCGCAGCCGACGUCGACCCUGUGCUGAUGGCGGCGGCGGCGAUGGCGACUCGGCUCAGCCAGAGCGAAUACUGCCUCACCAUGGACAUCUACUCGCCGAACGUGACGGCGAAGCUGCCGGUGCUGGUGUACGUGCACGGCGGGGCGUUCGUGGGCGGCUCCUCGCAGCAGGUGCAGCCCCACUACCUGCUCGACCACGACAUCGUGCUGGUGGCGCCACAGUACCGACUAGGCCCACUCGGUUUCCUGAGCCUGCAGACGGACGACGUUCCCGGCAACGCUGGCCUCAUGGACCAGCUGGCGGCGCUGCAGUGGGUCCACGACCACAUCAGCCAGUUCGGUGGCGACCCCGCCAAGGUGACGCUGGCCGGCGUCAGCGCCGGCGCCGCUUCAGUAGCGCUGCUGCAGCUCAGCCCACUCUCCAGGUCGCCCACUGGAGCGCUGUUUCAGCAAGUGUUCCUCGAAAGUGGUUCGGCACUGGCUCCAUGGUCGGUGGAGGACGAUCCCCUGUCCAGAGCGGCAGUCAUAGCCAGAUCCGUUAAAUGCACCAGCACCAACAAGACUCUUCUGGCGGAAUGCCUUCGAAACGCUACCAUCCCUGCACUCAUGAUAGGAUUCGUGCAGAGCGCGAUCGACGACAUGUUGAGUGGUGGUACGGGCCUGGGAGGCGCUCUGCCCGUGGUGCAGACGAAUAUCACCAAACCGGCAGUCCUAGGAAAGAAGCCGUUGGAUGCCAUCCGGGAUGCCAACUUCCACGCCAUGCCCAUGCUUGUGGGCGUGGCCAAGCACGAGGGCAUCAUGCCACUGGCCUUGCUGAGGAUCUAUAAUCGAAUUAUCAAUAGUACAUACGGAGAGGACUUCUACCAGGCGAAAACGGUGAACGACCUGGUGCGACGGGUUAUGAUGAUAGAGGAGAACCGAGUCGCCACCGACGCAGUUGCCGACAAGUACUUCAAACCCGGCACACUGGACAGCUUGGACGCCAUGAGGCCGAGUCUGAUUGACUUGGCCGGAGCUGUUCACUUCAAAGGGCCUGCCCUCUCGACAGUGGAGUUCAACUCCAAAACUGGAAAUACGACCUAUUUAUAUUCCUUCAACCAUCAAGACAAGUACAACUACGAAGCGGUGAGUCAUGGCGGAGAUUUUCCAUACCUGUUCCCUCAGCCCACCUUAAACUUGACGACCGAAGAAGACAGCGUGUCGCAGAAAAUGGUACAACUUGUGGCCAACUUCGUCAUUUACGGGAAGACAAGCGCCAGUCCUGUGGGCGGGGUGCCCGAGUGGCGGCCUUACACGCUGCAGGACCCGUCCUUCCUGCUGGUGGACAAGGCGCCGCAGCUGCGGCAGGACUUCGAGCGGCAGCUGACCGUCGCGGCCUCCGAGGGCCUCCGGAAGCAGGCGUCGGCCGCCGCCUCCGGCUGCGUCGCCAGCGUCGCGACGCUGCUGGCCGUCGUCGCCGCCUCCCUGGCCUUCCACUAGGCGGUGGGGGCAGUGCGACACCCGGGCCGCCCCCACAGCACCUCGCCGCGUCCGGCUGCUCGGGAGACAAACUGUUUAUUCUGCACAAAAGAUAACUACAGCUGUAUGACUGAGCCAGUGUGUGAUAAGUCACGUCAAAAGAUUCUACUACACUGCUCAAAAGAAUUAUUGGAACAUGACCUGAGCGUCUGCUGUAUUCCACUGUGCAAUAAUUGAGGACUGGGCAUGUUAAAAAUUUUUACCUCUAUCCCUCACAUAUUGACAACAAAACAUCAUUAGAUACUCGUUCAUUUAUGUAACAAGAACUGAAAGCGCCGACAGGUGUCGAAAACAAAGUGGAAACGACCAUUCAUCUCGUCAACCUGGGCGGUUUGGACUUUCAGAGCUUUAGUAAAGCAUGUGCGCUCUUGAGCAUUGAUAUGUCCGCACUAUAACACAACAAAUAUUCCGUGUCAACCAAAUUUAUUUGACCUUCUGUCACUCAAAACAAACCUUAAGUUCGACUACACAACACUUCGCUGGCUGUAGCGCCAAGGAGAAAUCAGAGUCAGUAGUAGAGAAUACAAAUCCAACCCACUGCCAACCAGCCGAUACCGACGGGUCGCAAGUUUCCAGCCAGGGAGGCCACAGUGCGGUUCGAUCGUCGUGAAUCCAGCAGCCGGGUAGUAACACAGUCAUCGGCGAAGAUUGAACUGGUUCGACGGGCUCAGGGCGCUCGCUUAAAUCCGAAGGUCCGGCCAAUCAGAGUGUUGGUAGAUGGCGCCCUUAUACGGUUGCUCACUCUGAUGGCAAGGGCAGCGCCGCCAGGGUAAUUCGUAUCGAUAGUGGUGUGUACUCUGCCGCCAACCCGGCGACGACGCGUUCACUGGCGCCAGUUGUUGAAAUCGUGUGUGGCGCCAGCGGUACUCGGUGUGUGCCGCGCGUGUUGUAGCACGCCGCGCCGAGUUGACGACUGCUGUGCAGCGGCCGAUACGUCAAGCGUUUAUCACCGCCUGAGACCUACGUGGGAAGUCAACGAGGUCGUCCUGUGGUAUCCGUACACAUUCUCGAUGAGAGUCCGUGAGAGCUCUUGUAGGGUCUGUGUUGGAACAUGUCGACCACGGACGCGUCUACCGAGCAUGUCGCGCACAUGCUCGGCGGAGUUUAGGUCCGGACUCAGUGCUAGCCACAGCAUUACUACGAUGCUCCUUUGCAAGACAUCCCUGGUGACGCCACCACGUGGGCCCUGGAGUUAUCGCGCACGAGUAGGAAUUCAGUGCCACUGCCACAUGCAGCGUCCACCACACAGUCCAACUAGAUCUGUUCGAUGUUCUGCCUGGACGACCGUGAGACAACGAUAACGUCCUAACGGUUGUCGACGCUGAUCCGUCCCUACACCAUCAGACAACUUCCGCUGCAUCUGUCGAUUUUCUGGACAUCGUUUUGCAGGUAUCGCUCAUCGCGAUGUCUCAACACCCGGACACGGUCAUCGCCUUGCGUCAGAGCAAAAUAUGGGCUCGUCUGUGAAUAAGACGUUUCUCCAGUGACGAAGUUGCCAGUAUACGAGGGAACGUUGGAACUGAAGCCGAGCUGCGAGAUGUUGUCGCGACUAGCAGUGCAUCCUUUCGCGUAACCUGUUGCUUACAGUUUGAUUCGAGCCAGCAGCUCCAGUGGCUGUUCUGACGUGGUUUUGCAGUGGUCUCGCGGUAUCCGUGUGAGGCUCCAACGCAGAGAUGGCCAGAUUCAGGUGGCGUUGUACUGCGUCGGCGACCUUGUCCAGCUCGGCUUGCGUACUGACGUGUCUGCUCGUAGCGUGCCCUCAACCUAUGGAUGACAGAUGGAGACAUGUUUGAAUCUGCAGCAACAUAACGGAAAAUAAUUCCUUCUUGGAUCAAACAGCACUUGCACUAUAUUAUGACGUCGUAUUCUGUGUGCCUGGUUGAAAGGAACGUACAGCUAUCUGUGUAUCUCGCUAGAGAACACUUGGCCAGCGGUACUCAUUUCCUUCUGACAGGCCAUCUAAUACUUCAGUGCAUAACACAGCCAACAGGCGAGGAAUGACUUCAUCUGUUGCAUACACUAAAAGCGAAGAGCUUUGCAAUAAGACCAGAGGUACGGUUUGUAUCAAAAUUGAUUUAACAUGCCGGACGUUGACUUUCGUGUUUCCCUAAUUGUUUUAAGCAGUGUGCAUAUCAGCAAAAACCUCUCUGCUCGCGGCUGCGAAUCGAAUACCUACAGAAAACUGACAGUGGAGAAAUUUAUUACAAAACAUUAAACACAUUAGCUUUUCUCUUUCUCUGCUCGUGAGUGAGUGUUCAUAGUUCAAGAGCUUUAAGGUGUGUGACAACUCUACACGUGACAAUUAGCUUCAAUUUAUUUUGUGAAAAUAUUUGCCUUUCUUCUGGGAACAAUAAAAGUUUAUGUGUAAAUGAA